CGAUAUUAUAAAAUCUUUUAGGAAAGAAACAUUUGUUUCGAGGAACGAAAAUUGCGUUAUGGUUUAAUUCAAAGGAAUAUUUGUUUGAUUCAACAAAUAAUUGUUUUGUUACAAGUAGGUAGGUACUUUAUUUCGCAAAUGCAUCAUAACGAUUGAGUCAUGCGCCAUUAUUUCGUUGCGUCUUCGUAUGGUAACAUCUUGAGGUUUUUAAGCUGUGGUUUUUGUUUGAAGUUUUAAGUACCUAUAUAUAAAUGGAGGAGUUUUUAGUGAAAAACAAUUUACACCAUCUAUUACCAUCUUUUACAGAACAGAACGUUACCGAAAUUGAAUUUUUGCCACUUCUUACUGAUGUGCAGAUCGGCAGCCUUAUCCCACGCAUCGGGGACCAAAUUCGUUUUCGAAAAGGUCUUUUGCAAUUACAGAGCCCUUCUGUCAACGAAAAUAAUAAAAGGGUUGCCGAUGAAGAGAUAGAACAUUCACCAUCCGUGUCACCAAAAAGGUUCCAUUCUACUGAACAAGAAAAUAUUCCGCAGUCGGAAAAUAUUGGCACGCCUGAAGUAUUUUGGGUGGUAAACACACCAUCCACGGCUUCUGCUAGCACGAUUACAAACCUUUCUAACGAAGAUUGCGGCCUUAAUUCCUCUUUUAUUUCCACGAUUUCCGUGGACGACUGCACCUUUGUCCUCAAAGAUAUUUUACAAAAUGACGCUAUUGGGCAAACGCUUCUAAAAAAAUUUGAACAUCUUCACACAUUCUCUAAUAAAGACAGAAAUGUAAUUUGUGAAAUUAUAAUAACGCAUUUUUUAAAUAAGGGGAAAAGACUGAAUAACGAAUCCCUUUCGUUUAUUGCGGACAAAAUAGUAGAAUUGUUUUCGACUGAGAAGAAGGCCACAUAUUAUGUAGACCCAAUCCCCAAAAAACAUUCCUCUUUGAAUAAGCCAAUUGUAGCACGAGGAAAAUUGGUUGAUAAACACAGAAAUAAAUUAACGGCGUUAAGGCGUGCCCAAGAGUUUACUGAACUGCAUCCCCCACAAACAGGUGUUAAUCAGCAAAGUAUUGAAAUUUCGGAAGGUCAAAAGGACAGUAAAAUUUGGCUGCAACUAAACUCAGAGCCUUUACAUGAAGUGAUACAGCACUGGGAGAAGUCCUUUCAACUUCGACGAAAGGAUCACAGUGACCAAUCUGUUACUCAAUUUUUUGACCAGUGGCCAAUACUUAAAAACCAAAUUGCAGUAGAACUGAUUCUAAGAGAUUUCGAUAGUAUUAUAGAUUCGUACACGCAACUGAAUUUCGAUGAAUUUUUUGAAAACAUUUUAGAAAAAAGGCGAAAGCAUUUUUCUGCUUCGGAUACAGCUUUACUGGAUUUGCUGAAUGGCGAGAAUUUAACUACAGACUCCCAGAAUGCAGUGAAGUUGUCUUUGUUGCCACUGUUAGUACCUCCUAAAGGAAGGACGAGGGUGAAAGGCAAAGGCCAUUGGAAGCCAUCUACUGCAGAAUGUAAAAAUGGACUUUUUAUACAUGCGUACACUCCUGGCGAUAUUGAGAGGUGCAAGUCGACGAAAAUUGACGCAAUGUAUGCAAUGGGUCUUACUGUGCAGCCGUAUAUUUUACUAGUAGGUCCUGCAUUAACCAAUAUCACUUCUUCGUAUGUUGUUAUUAAUAAUUUUAUGUAUAAAACAUUAUCUGUUAAUGAAGCAAUAGAUGUUUGCUUUAAGUCAUUUCAUGUCUUGGAUGUCAAAUAUCCUUUUGAAUGCCAACAUAUAUGGUAUUUAUUACAAUUUUGUUCUUACAGAAUAAAAACUGCAAGCGACAUAAAAAUUCCCUUCAUUCAAGACCUUUUACAGUGAAAUGGCUGAACUUAAAGCAACAUUUGUUUGUUUCCAAUGUAAAAAAACAUGUUCGUCCCCUGAGAAUUUAUUGAAUCACUUAAAAAUUAUACACUCCUUGUUAAAUAACUUUAAAUGUGUGCAAGCAAACUGUGGUAGGGAGUUUUGUAGUCUUGCAAGCUUCCGCAAACAUAUAAACAAUACACAUUUUCAUCCGAUUACUAAUGAGACUAGAGGUGCAAUUCCAUUACAACUACUUAAUCUUCCACAGAGUUCCGGCACAAAUCCCGAUUCUCAAUCUGAAGCACCCGUUGCACAUUGCAAUGAUGAUGAUAAAUUUAAUUCCGACACUCUCUCGGAUAAUCCUCUCAUAAAUGAAAUUGUUGCUUUAAUAGGACGCCUGUACAGUAUGUCUUCAUUACCAAGGAGUAUUGUUCAACUUGUAGUUGAGAGUGUUACAGAAUUGAUGAGAAAUCUGUCUACAUAUUUAAAGUCUAUAAUGGAACAAUUAGAAUUAACAUCUCAACAUGUUUUGGCAAUUUCAAACGUUUUUUCGGAUUUAUUAAAUGUUCUUGAAGAACUUGGUAGUGAGUACCUACGAUUUAAGUACUUCACAAAUUUGAAUACUUAUAUAAAACCAGAAACUUUUAUAAUUGGAGAGCAGCCGUCAUUGCAAAAAUUAAGAUCAAGAAAUGACAUUUCUAAUUCCACUGCAAUGACAUUUAAAAAAAUAGAAGGUCAAAUUAUUCCUUUAAGGAAAAUUUUUAAGUUGUUUUUAGAAUUACCAAAUAUUUUUCAAACUAUAAUGUCCUACAUGCAAAAAGAAAUGUCACUUCCACCGCAUUUACUAUCAAGUGUGUUUCAAGGCCAAAUAUGGAGGAAUUUAGUGCAAAAGUAUCCAAAUGAUAAAAUUAUACUACCACUACUAAUUUAUUUCGACGACUUUGAAUGUUGCAACCCUCUGGGAAGCAAAGCCGGUGUAUACAAAAUUGGAGCAACCUAUGUGUCCUUGGCUUGUAUUCCUCCCGAGCUUGCUACAUUAUUGGAAAAUAUUUUGGUAUGUUGCUUAUUUUACUCUUCAGAUCGAACUGCUUUUGGUAAUAAAAAGAUAUUUUCGAAACUAAUGGACGAGUUGAUAUUUCUUGAAACCCAAGGCAUAACCAUAAACUUUAAUGCCAAAAAAAUUAAUGUGUAUUUCACUGUUGUAACCGUUCUUGGUGAUAAUUUAGGACUUAAUUCAAUUUUAGGGUUUACUGAGAGUUUUCAGGCAAAUAAUUUUUGUCGUAUAUGCAAAAGUACCAAAGCUGAAAGCAAAACUCAAUUUGUGGAGGACCCUUCCCAAAUUCGUACAGAAGAAAAUUAUCUCCAAGAUGUUGAAACUCUUUCAGCUGGCAUAAAAGAACCCUGUAUCUUUAAUCAAUUACCAAAUUUUUCAGUAGCUAGGAAUACAUCAUGCGAUAUCAUGCACGAUAUUUUGGAAGGUAUCCUACGAUAUGAAAUGGCUUAUUUGAUUGACCACUUACUGACAAAAAAAUAUUUCACUUUAGAUAAUUUAAAUAAUCGAAUUUGUUAUUUUAAUUUUGCUGCAGUCGAUAUAGGAAAUCCAUUGGUUGAAAUUAAACCUGAACAUAUUAAAAAAAAGUACCUUAUAAUGAGUGCUUCGCAAAUGUUAGGGUUUUUUUCAUAUUUCGGCAUACUUAUUGCUGACUUAGUUCCAGAAAAGGACAGUUGCUGGGAAUUGUAUACUAUACUGUAUCAAAUAAUAGAUAUUUUACUCAGUCGAAUCAUUUCAAAACAGACAAUAGAGUAUCUUGAAAUUUUAAUUGUAGAACACCACAGAUUAUAUUGCGAGUUAUUUGAUCAGACAUUAAAACCAAAACACCAUUUCAUGAUCCAUUAUCCUACAGUUAUUUUGAAUUUAGGACCUUUGAGACAUAUUUGGUCAAUGAGAUAUGAAGCAUUUCACAAAGUUUUAAAAUCUACUGCAAAUUCUGUAACUUCCAGAAAAAAUAUUCUUCUUACAUUAGCUACUAAACAGCAGCUCAGACUUUCAUAUAGAUUUUUAAGUAGACAAGGGUUUAAUGACAACAUUACUUGUGGAAAUUUUGAGGAUCUUGCAUCAUUAAAAGAUUUUUUUAUUUUGAAACAAUUACUCGAAAAGAAUCAAAUAGAAAUUGAUAAUCUGUUUCAUACGUCUUGGCUAAAAGUAAAUAGUUUUGAAUAUAAAUUAGGGUAUGCUUCUCAAAUUAAUAAUGACGAAGAAACUGAUCUACCCUCGGAUCUACCACAGUUUGGCACAAUAAAAUACAUACUUGGAAACAAAAUGCAAAAUAUAUUUUUUUUAAUAAUUCAGCCACUUCAUUUAAUCGGUCUAAAUACUCAUAUCGGUGGAUACGAAGUGUUAGAUUCUAUGUCAACGCAUGAUUCAAUAAAUUUGAUCGUUAUGCCCAUAGACCGCCUUCUAAACCACUUAUGUCAUAACAUUCAUACUAUGGCAAACGGAACUAAAGUCAUAUGUGCGCUUCAAUAAGGAUCAUGUUUUAUUUUUUUUCUAUA